CAUUUUUCGCAACUGUUCACGGCGAGGAAACAAAAAAUUCUCUCUUCUCUUUCCGGCGAUUUCAAACAGUAAACCCUAAGUCGGCCAAAGUAUAGUCUUUUCCGACCGUUUCUCCGUCAUAUUCGUCUCAAUAUCAAGGAACUCAAGUGGGUUUCUUCAUCUUCCACUGAUUCCAAAAAAAUCUCUGCUUUCAUCACUCUCGAUGGAUGAACAAAGGAAUUACCCUCCAAGACUGUAUGCGGAAGGGCAGUCUAAUCUGGAUAAUAAAGAUCUUAACCACAGUGUUCUACUCAGCCAUAUAGAUGCAUUCAGACAUUCCGUAGGUAAAACUGUGUGGAAUGAAAUUAAGAAGCACCCAACUGGAAUAGCAGCCAAAAUCUUUGAGAGAAACAUUAUAUGGUCUGCUAAAACUGUCCACUACCUUCUAUGCAGACAGUUAAGAGUAAGGAAGAAUGAGGUUUGGUUUCUCAUUGGUGGUAAACCUAUAAGAUUUGGGUUGAAUGAGUUUGAGCAUGUCACGGGUUUGACCACAUAUCCGUUGCCUACAGAGCCAUUUGACCCUGAAGUUGAUUACAAAGCGUUUUUAAGAGAAUUGGUGCCUGCUUCUGUAGAAGGAGGUCUCACUGUUGCUCCCACUUUAUAUGAGCUUCUGGAUGGAUUAGGUAAAUGCCGAGAAUGGGCACCACAAGACAUUAGACGUAAAUGGAUGGGGCGGUUGUUCCUAAUAUCAAUUGGUAUCCAUGGACUUCAUCACAACUCUAGAAUACCGUUGGAAUCUGCUUAAAGGGUUUUUGAUGAUGAAGCCAUGAAUAAUUAUCCAUGGGGUCGGGUAGCAUUUCAGUCUCUUGUUGGGUCUAUCAAGACCAUUAGUCCUACCGGAAGGACGUACACCGUCAACGGUCUGGUGUACGUGUUACAAGCAUGGGCUUAUGAAUCUAUCACAUGCUUUGGAGAACUUUUUGGUAACCCAUCCGACGGGGAUAUGUGUCCUCUGUUGCGAUGGAAGGGAAACCGCACACGAAAAGAUUUGUGGACGGUCAUUGAUGAAGAAAUCAAAACAAAUACAUCGGUGCGUGUGGUGCAUAUGGUUAUUAGAAAUGAUGGAGUGCUAUAUCCUCCUGAGUGGCCUGAUCAACCAGAAGACCAAGAACUUGAUAAUUUGAUCCAAGACUUGUCGAAUGGGAGGUUUGUCCCAGGCUUCUGGGAUCAGAAGAUGCCUGAAAAGAUGAUUGAGAAUAAGAAUAAGAAGAAGAAAAAACUAGCUGGUUUGGAUGAUUCUCAUCAUAUCGCAAAGAAGCAUAAAGGCUUGAAGGAGAAGGAUGUUGAUUUUGAUGAAUCUGUCGGGAAUAAGAAUGAUGAAGCAAAGGAUUUUAAUGAGGAGGCAGAUAAUGUGUCCCUUAGAAAACUCAUUAUGGAUAUGGAGGCUAAUUUCAGCUCAAGAAUUGAUAAUCUUGCUACAAGCAUGAACGGCAUGUCUUCACAGCUAGAGAAGGUGGAGAGUGAAUUGACAGAGUUGAACAAGUGGAAAGAUUCAAACCUUUUCCGGCUCAAGGAUCUGUUGGCUGUUAAUUCAUCCAUACCCGGCGACCCAUCCAAUGUGGUUAAAAAAUCAUCUGUACCCGUCGACGCAUCCACUCAGGGAAAAGGUCCCGUCGACCCAUCCCCGCCUACCUUUCCACCGCCACCUAUGAAAUCUGCAAGUAGUCAUCCUCCUCUGGGGAAGAAGGAUGACAAAAUUCUUGAGAAUGUUCAGAAGAACCUGACUACGAAUAUGGAAGUGGCUGAUACUGAUAAUCUCAUUGAGGUGGUUGUUGCGAAAGAUGAUGGUAAGAAGCAUGUUGGUUUUCAGCGGUCUCCUGUAGUUUUGAGGAAUAAGAGGACAAAUCCAGUAAAGGCCAAAGAGUCCAAAAAAGCAAAAGCACAGGAAAAAAAAAGCAAAAGCAGAUGCCAAUAAAGCUUUAAAGAUAA